AUGGGUUCCGAAACCCCGCAAGAAUACUCUCUCGAUGAGGAGAUCGUUUACUUUUUCAGCACAACCUCUGCGACUAAAUCAUCAUGUGAUGCUCGUGCCCAGGAGCUGGUGGGAGGAUCUGUCGUCCCCGUUGCAGUCCAAGGAAAUUGCAGCUACACUGUUUACGCAGGCUCUACUCAUGUGGUUCAGUUUCGACUGAAAUCGCUAGACCUAGACACCAAAAUGUCUACUCUAGCUGGUGAAAUAUACGGGUCCUUAAUCCCGUCUGCCACUUUCCAUGGUCAUAUUGGAGAACAGGGCAUCGAUGGGAAAGAGCCCUUGCGUGUCUAUGUGAUGAACCGAGUCAAAGGUAUCAGUCACCUUGAUUUCAUUCUGGGUCAUAAUUUUCCGGAAAAUUCGUUUGAGUAUUGCACAUGGCGGGAAAAUCUGAUAUCUGACCUUGGGGAAUUCCUUGGUUUAUCAUGGAAGCAUCCCCGAAAUAUUAGCUCAUCGGAUCGAGAAGCUACGAUUUGGAGAUAUGAGAAAGACUUACGCCAGCUUCUCGAUGCUCUGCCUAGUCGAUUUCGCCCUAUUAUUCAACAGUCUAUUGAUUCCCUACCGGCUGUUUUUUUCACUUCCUAUGGUCCUUAUUCACAAGGAUUUCGGCGUCAAUAA